AUUGCAAUACACCGUAUAUUAACGUUGAAACUACCCAUUCAACAUGCACCAAUCACUCGUGAGUUCCUUGCAGUCCAGACCAUUGUCUAUCUUGAGCAAUGCCCGGAUAUCGCGGUAUGUCGUUUGAUAAUGAUUUUGUCGCUUCUGGUUCGGUAUUGCUCCCAGACCCGCCAGAUGUACAAAGAGGCGGUGAAAUGCCGCUUGAAACUCUUGAACGCCGACUGAAUGCUCUAAAAUUUAGAGAUACGAAUGAUCGAAAAGUCGGCCGUCAAAUGGUUCGCGAGAUGACGAGAGUUCGCAGUCAACAAGACUCCAUUCAGUCUACAGAUCAAACGGUAGGCGGACCCCUCGACGUCAGUGAAGACUCAUUCAGACCGUUUGCUGGACCUCCUGUGAGAGAUGAGGAUGAGUGGAGUGAGCGUGGAUCUGAAGAGUCACUAAACAGUGAAGACAGUGAUGACAACGGCAGGUCGUGGUGUUUCUGCUGUGUGGCAAGUUUGCCUGAUCGGAGACAUAGAGUGGAUGACGUCAUACCCAAUAGAAAAGCAGUGAAAACUGACGAAUCAGUAAAUUUAUUGGACGAUGCUGAAAUUGAAAUGAAUGAGGCUGGUGAUGAUGAUAACACGCCUCAAACAUGACGUCUAGAGUAGAGACUUAGGAUGUAUAGGUUAGUGUUGCAGAUGUGCUAUUCUAAAGAUGGAGCUGUUGCUAGGAGUGAGAAGAACAUUGCGAAAUUGACUUGCUAUUAGUGGCCAUUGCUGGAAGUACGAUACUUAUAUCCAUUAAUUAACUUAGCUAGAAUGAUAUUACACUGGAAUAGCCACACUCUGCAUGGCUGUUUAUAUGAUUACACUGCUUGUAAUACAUAGCUAUUCUUGUGAA